CGACGAUCUCUAUUGAUAUUCAGGCAUUGAAAAUAUUUUCCUGCGUGCUUGUGGUGUGCGAAGUGAAACUUCCCAGCUCUCACAAUGGCAGGCUCAGACAAGAAAAAGUCCAAGGCUGGCAAGCCCAAAGGCGAAGUUGGUCCAGCGAUCACGGAUCCUCGAUUCGCGAGCAUCCAGACCGAUCCUCGCUACCGUCUUCCUAGCAAACGCCAGACUCAUGUCAAACUCGAUAAGCGCUUUGCGCAUGUGCUAGACGAUAAGGAUUUCUCCAGCAACGCUCCUGUCGACCGCUAUGGACGAAAGCUCAGAAAAGACGACACCAAGGAAAAAUUGAAGCAGUUUUACCAGGUGGAUGAGGAUGAGGAUGAAGAUGAAGAUGAAGACGAGGAUGAGGACAGUGCCGACAACGACGAAGAAGUCCAGAAAGAAUUGAAACGGGUCAACGCUGUCUCAUAUGAUCCUGCCCGUGAUGGCGGCUUUGAGUCCUCGUCAUCCGAAGAAGAAAGCUCCAGCGAAGAGGAAGACGAUGCGGAAGACGAUGUGAUUGAGUUCCCGGACCAGCAGCGGUCCGAUGUACCGCUCGGCGAAGUGACGAAUCGGAUAGCUGUCGUCAACCUUGAUUGGGAAAACAUUCGUGCCGAGGACUUGAUGGCAGUCUUCUCUAGUUUCCUUCCGUCUGGGGGACGGGUGCUGAACGCCACAGUCUACCCUAGCGAAUUUGGAAAGGAGCGCAUGGAGAGGGAGGAGGUUGAAGGCCCCCCGAAAGAGAUUUUUGCUUCUGGGAAGAAAAAGAACAUCAGAGACGAUUCCGAAGAGGAGGAACUUGACUCUGAUGAGGAGGAGGAGGAAAUUAAGAAGUCCAUGCUGAAGGCUGACGACGGUGAAGAAUUCAACUCUACACAGCUACGCCGGUACCAGCUCGACCGACUGCGGUAUUACUACGCCAUUAUCAAAUUUUCAUCAAAAGACGUCGCAAAGCAUGUCUACGAUCUGGUGGAUGGUGCCGAAUAUCUCUCUAGUGCCAACUUCUUCGAUCUCCGCUUUGUGCCCGAGGACACUGACUUCUCCGAUGACAAGUCUCGGGACGAGUGUUCUCGGAUUCCUGACGGUUACAAGCCUACUGAAUUUGUAACGGACGCUUUGCAGCACAGCAAGGUCAAAUUGACAUGGGACGCGGACGACAAAACAAGAAAAGAAGCUCAGGCACGUGCCUUCCGGGGCUCACGCCAGGACAUUGACGAAAACGACCUGAAAGCCUACCUUGGUAGCGAUAGUUCCGAGAACGAAGAUUCGGAUGACGAGGACGGAGGCGUCGAAGUUGUCGAUAAUACUGCAGGAGAAGCUACGACCACAAAGCUAUCCAAGAAAGAGGCCGAGAGACAGCGCAUGCGUGCGUUGCUGGGUCUGAGCGCCGAGCCUACCCGCACCAAAGCGGAACGCCCCGUCGGCGAGAUGGAGGUUACUUUCACGUCGGGCUUGGCUGGCGGCCAUGGAAAGGAUACUAUCUUCGAAAAUGAACCGGAGAUCGAAGAAAGCACAAUUGACAAGUACGUGCGGAAGGAGCGUGAGCGCAAAAAGCGCCGAAAGGAGAAACUCAAGGCUCCUAAGGCAUCUGAAGAGGAUGGCGCCGCAGCGGACAGUGAAGACAAUGAAGCUGCUCCAGCCGAGGUGCCACAGGAAGAGGAAGAAGAAAUGGGAUUCAAUGAUCCCUUCUUUGAUGACCCUGAUGGAAAGGCUACAGCAGGUGCUCGACGCAAGGAGGAGAGGCGCAAGAAGCGUGAGGAACGUGCCGCCGAGGAAGCCGCGUCAGCUGCCCAACGGGCUGAGUUGGAGUUACUGAUGGUAGAUGACGAGAAGGUCAACAUCAAGCACUUCGACAUGAACGAGAUUGAAAAGGCCGAGAAACAGGCCCGGAAGAAGGGCAAGGGCAAGAAGGGCAAGAAGGUGGAACCUGCUCAGGCAGAUGACUUUGAAGUCAACGUCAGCGACCCCCGUUUCUCACGUCUGUACGACACACACGAUUUCGCCAUUGAUCCUACCAACCCCCGGUUCAAGUCGACUUCCGGCAUGAAGGCAUUGUUGGACGAGGGCCGUAAGCGCCGACGUACUGGUGAUGACGCGGAGGCUGAAGCGCCGACAGAGAGCCGGGAUACCAAGAAGAAGCAGAAGAAAUCUUCUAAGGAGUCUAGCUCUGAGGAGUUGAAGCGAUUGGUGGCAAAAGUCAAGCGUUCUCACUGA